CCUAGAAAUAAUAUUUUAAAGUUUAGAAGAAACUUUUAGAAGAUAGUGAACGUGGUUAUAAAAAGAAGCUGCAAAAAUAUGAUGAUUACUUACUGUGUUUUGUAUUAAGGUUUUGGAUUCAAUCAUUACAGUUUAUUUGUAAAGUGCAUAUCAUAUAUACCAGAAUGUCGGCGUUAUUAACAGCAGAUUGGUUUCAUCUAGAUUCUUACUACAGGAAAUUUGAUCUAUACACCAUGGUAUGGUCUAUGGACGAAGGCUUGGGCACAAUGGUAGUCAGUGGUGCACCGUAUGGAGGCCCCAUUGCUGUAGUCAGAGAUAGGAAACAAUUUGUACAGAUUGCCACAACUGUUAAGCCUGUAAUAACUAUUUAUAACUGCGUUGGAAAUGUUAUGUCCAAGAUCUUGUGGAAUAGUGGAGUACUUAUUCAUAUGGGUUGGUCUGAUGCGGAGCAACUGCUUUGUGUACAAGAAAGUGGGGAUGUUCUCAUUUAUGACAUGUUUGGUGCCUAUCAGAAGACAUUUAGUUUGGGUCAGGAAGUCAGGGAUACAAAGGUGUGUAAAGCUCAGCUAUUUCCCAAUCCUCAUGGGAUUGGUCUAGCUGUGAUAACAUCGACCAAUCGCAUGUUUCUAGUCAGCAAUGUAUCUGAUCCUAAAAUAAGAUCUGUACCAGACUUGCCCAGAGCAAAUGACCCUAUAAGCUCAUGGUGUGUACUGAGUUCAGGACAACGGAGUGGAUCUUCUAUGAUUGGCUUCCUUGUUUGUAGAGACAAGGAAAUUUACAAAUGUCAACUCGGAGAGUCUGUUGCUGUGUUAAUGCGUCCAGAGAUUCAAAAUGCAUACACUCAGAUACUAACAAUAGUACCAUCACAAAAUGGCCGCCAUGUCGCCCUGUUCACCGACUCUGGCAUCUUAUGGAUUGGUUCUUCUAACUUCAAGACCAAGUACUGUGAGAUUGAUACGGGAUAUUUUAAACAACCAAAGGAAUUAGUAUGGUGUGGCUCUCAAGCGAUAGUAGGUCACUGGGACGACAUGAUGUAUAUAUAUGGGUUCAACGAUACAGUCGUAUCCUAUCCUUACGAUGGACCGUUCCAUAUAAUUCCGGAGAUGGAUUGUGUCCGGGUCAUCUCUGAAAUGACGCAUGAAUUGAUACAAAAGGUGCCUGAUGUUGUUGAUAAGAUACUUAGGAUAAAUAGCACUGCGCCUGGAUGUUAUCUACUUGAAGCAUCUAAACAAUUUCAGAAACGAAGUCACAGAGCUGAUGAAUACAUCCGUCUAGUUAAACCAGAUUUAGCGAACGCUGUACAAGAUUGUAUCGACGCAGCGGCCUUCGAGUUCAGUCCUGAUGUUCAGAAGAUGCUGAUCAGAGCCGCUCAGUUCGGCAAAGGCUUUAUAUUAGACCCGGUGUUGACUGACCAUUAUGUGAAGACCUGUCGCUGGCUGAGGGUCCUGAAUGCGAUACGGGACCCCAAAGUUGCUAUACCACUUACUUUCUUCCAAGUUCAGAAUCUAGGCGAGCGGAUAUUGCUGGACCGUUUAAUAUGGCGGCGGCUGCACUGCCUCGCCACACACAUCGCCUCCUAUUUACAGCUCAAAGACGGACAGACCAGAGUGCUCUCACAUUGGGCCUGUUAUAAAGUAACACAGCCUCAUUUGGACAACGAGAGUGCAGCGCGCGAGAUCGGCGAGAAAUUACGUAACGUUCCCGGCAUUUCCUACGCUACCAUCGCUAUGAAGGCCGCGGAGAAAGGAAGAAAAGCGCUCGCGAUUAAGAUCCUGGAGUACGAGCGUUCUCGUGCGCUGCAAGUGCCGCUGCUGCUGGCGCUGGGCGAGGGCGGGGCCGCACUGCGCCGCGCCUGCGCCGCCGCUGACACAGACCUCGUACACGUCGUCUUGCUUCAUCUCAAGGACAACAUGAGCAAACACGACUUCGAGAUGACCAUCCGUGGUUUCCCUCUCGCGCAAGCUUUAUACCUGAAGUACUGCGCGGGACACAACCGGGAGGCGCUGCGCAAAGUGCUGGUGCAGGAAGACAACUUCCCCGGUCAGGCCGCCACACACAUACGCGAUGCCAUCGAUAGCACCAACCCCGGCAGCGUCGAGGCCUCGCUCAUAUCCGCUAGGGAAUGCUAUAAAAAGGCCAAGAAUGAUUUAGGUGUGUCAAUAUGCGAGGAGCUGCGCAAGUUGUGCAAGCAGCAGUCGAGCUUGCAGGAGACGUACGGUGUGAGCUUCCUCGGCCUCUCUCUGCACGACACCGUGAACAGACUCCUCGACCAGGGAGAGGUCAAACUCGCGGAUAAACUGCGAUCCGAAUACAAAAUGCCUGAUAGAAGAUAUUGGUGGCUUCGUAUACUGACAUUGGCUGAAAGACACGACUGGACUGAACUGGACCGAUUCUCCAAGUCGAAGAAAUCACCCAUCGGCUUUGAGCCGUUUGUUGACGCUUGUCUGAAGUACGACAACAAGGACGAAGCUCUCAAAUACCUGCCCAAGUGCAGAGAUGAAAUCAAAGUUAAAUACUACGUUAAAGCUGGUUUUUACGAGGAAGCAGCGCGCGUUGCGUUCGAACAGAAAGAUAAAAGCGCAUUAUUAUUCGUCCAGAGCAAAUGUCCGCUGCGGGACUCCAGUCAGCACGCCGCCAUAGCAACACUCUUGGAACAAUUAAAUAAUAAAAAAUAA